GUGUUGAGCAGAGAGAGCCGGGCCUGAGCGUCAUGUGACGGACUCCGGAGUCAAACAAACCGACAGACACAUCACUUUACACGGCUUUUACUACCUUUACCGCUCCAGAGCUCCAGAGCCACUGCACCUGCCCCAGACCGUCCGGACCCUCCUCUACCCGGACCCGGCUCCUGACGCCUCGAUACAGACAUGGCGUUCGUCACCGCGAGCUGGAAUCCGCUGGGAGAUGCCUUUUACCGUAAGUCUGAGCUGUACGAGAUGAGCUGGAGCCUGAAGGAUGGGCUCAGGGACUCUCUGGUGGCGGCUGCUCCAUACGGUGGACCCAUCGCUGUUCUGAAGGAGCCGCAGAGACGUUCUCCGAGUUCUAGACCUCACCUGGACAUUUACUCUGCCUCAGGGCAGACUCUGGCCUCAUUCACGUGGAAGAGUGGUGUGGUACUACAGCUUGGAUGGAGUGUUUCAGAUGAGCUCCUCUGUGUUCAAGAGGAUGGCACAGUUCUGAUCUACGACCUCUUCGGCUCCUUUAAGAGACACUUCAGCAUGGGUCAGGAGAUAACCCAUGACCAGGUGGUCCAGGCCAGAGUUUUCCACUCUCCAUUUGGCACCGGCGUUGCUGUAGUAACUGCCUCUGCACGCUUCACUCUGGCCACCAAUAUUGAUGACCUCAAGCUGCGCCGCCUCCCGGAAGUGCCAGGCCUGCAGGGCGCGCCGUCCUCCUGGGCUAUCCUCACUCAGGAACGUCAGACCAAAGUCCUGCUCUCCAUCGGCCCUGAGCUCUACGUCCUAGACCACACCUCCUGCACUGCUGUGUACCCUCCAGGCCUCAGUCCGGACUCGGGGUCAAUCCUUCAGAUGUGUGUCUCCUUCAGUUACAAAUACCUGGCUCUGUUCACCGAGUCUGGACUGGUGUGGACCGGAACCUCCAGCCUACAGGAGAAGUUCAGUGAAGUGGACACAAAGAUGCGCUCAGCUCCAAAACAGAUGGUCUGGUGCCGUCGGCCGCGAGCGCAGCAGCCCUCUGUGGUCCUGAUGUGGGAGCGGCUCCUACUGGUGGCAGGACAGUGCGGCGAUACCAUCCAGUUCCCUCUGGACCAGGUCUCGGUCCUGGUCCCAGAGCUGGACGGGAUCCGGGUUCUGGGUGGGUUCCACCAGGAGCUGCUCCAGGAGGUGCCUCUGGUCUCUCAGGAAAUCUUCAAGAUUGCCUCCAUGAGUCCAGGAGCCCUGCUGCUGGAGGCGCACAGGGAGUACGAGAAGCAGAGUCAGAGGGCAGAUGAGUACCUCCGUGAGAUUAAGGAGCAGAGCGUUCUGUCGGAGGCAGUGGCUCAGUGUGUGGAGGCGGCCGCUCACGAGUGGGACUGCACUACACAGAAGGCCCUGCUGCGGGCGGCAUCCUUUGGGAAGUGCUUCCUGUCUGAUUUCAGCCCAGAGUCAUUUGUGUCAAUCUGCAGAGAGCUGAGAGUCCUGAAUGCAGUACGAGAAAGUACUGUAGGAAUACCACUGACGCACACGCAGUUCAAACAGAUGACAGUGCAGGUGCUGAUUGACAGGCUGGUGCACAGGAGGCUGUACCCUUUAGCGAUGGAGAUUUGUCGCUAUCUUAAGAUCCCAGAGUUUCAGGGAGUGAGCCGUGUGCUGCGCCACUGGGCCUCCUGCAAGGUGCAGCAGACCGAUCUCUCAGACGAGGCUGUGGCUCGAGUCGUUUGUGCCAAAGUUGGAGACACUCCUGGAGUUUCUUAUUCUCACAUUGCAGCAAAAGCCUAUGAGAGCGGCAGGCCUGAGCUUGCUAUAAAGCUGUUGGAGUUCGAGGCGCGCUCGGGGGAACAGGUUCCUCUGCUGUUGAAGAUGAAGAGGAGUCACUUGGCCCUGAGUAAAGCAGUGGAGAGCGGAGACACAGACUUGGUUUUCACAGUUGUGACGUUUCUGAAAAACGAGAUGAACAGAGGAGACUUCUUCAUGACUCUAAGGAACCAGCCUCUGGCCCUGAGCCUCUACAGACAGUUCUGCAGAGUCCAGGAGAGUCAAACUCUCAAAGAUCUUCUGAACCAGGAUGACGAUCAUGAAGGACUCGGGAACUUCUACGUGGCCUCAGCCUUCAAAGAGCAGAGGCUGGAGGGACGUGUAGCUGCCCUGCAAAACGCUGUGGACGAGUUUAAUAAGGCCAAAAACGACUUCAAUGCCAAGGCAACGGAGGAGGAGAUGAAGCUGCUUCGUUUUCAGAAGAAACUGGAUGAGGAAAAAGGAGCAGGGCUCCAGGGGAUGUCUCUGCAGGACACGAUGGAGACAUUGUUGAACCUGGGUCUGCACAAACAGGCCGAGCAGCUCUACAGAGACUUCAGGGUCCCAGACAAAAGGUUCUGGUGGCUGAAGCUCCGGGCUCUGGCUGAGAAACAGGACUGGGACGAACUGGACAAAUUCUCCAGGAGCAAGAAGUCCCCCAUAGGAUAUUUGCCGUUUGUUGACGUUUGUGUGAAAAAUCACAACCAGCACGAAGCAAAAAAAUACCUCCUCCGAGUCUCUCCAGAGCAAAGAGUCCAGGCCUGUCUGCUGCUGGGGGACUUGGAGGGGGCAGCAGACGCGGCGAUCGAGCGGAGAAACGAGGGGGAGUUGGGGGCGGUGCUGAACCGAUGCCCUGCCUCCAACCGCCAACUGAUGGAACGACUCCAGCGCGCCACAGCCAAGAAGUGACCUUCUCCUGUCUGCUCCUGUCUGCGCCUAUCUGCUCCUUCACAUGUGUUGACCUGCUUUAUGAAAUAUCCCUGUAAUCACUGAGUCUAUCCACAUGAAACAAAAACCUCGUCUCUGUUAGUAUAAACAGAGAUGCACCAAUCCAGUUCCGAUACUGAUUUUGAUACUACAGCUUUAAGUAUCUGCCUUUAUCCCAUAUUAACCGAUACCACUGCAGAGACUGAAGAGAGCAUUGAUUUCCUUUAAACAAAAAUAAAAUACAAAACUGAUCCAAAUGUGUUAUGUUUAUCCCACUAGUAACUGCAGAACAACUUUGUGUAAAGAGUUUAAACAUUCUGAGACUUUCUGGGCUGACUGCAACUGUAAACAGUCUAAUUACAUCGAAUUAUAUGUCCAACCAGGAUAAACAUAAAAGCUGAACCAAUAUUGGGAAGCCGAUAUCUGAUCCAGCAAAUUUGUCAGUAUCGGUAUAGUACAACUAAACAAGUUAAAUAAUUAUUAUUAUUUAUUUAUUUUUCUUCACAAUAUUAUCAAAAGGAGUUUCAUCUUCUUGAGACGGGUCAGAUCAGGGUCGUGAGAGUGGACAGAGAUAAAUCAUGCGUGAAAUGUCUGUAAAUAUGAAACUUUUGAACUAAAUAAAUGUUUUUUUUUAUU